AACAAUGAUAUUUGAAUGAACAGAGACUUGUCAUAAAGCAAAGCUCGUAAGAUUUUAUUUGAGUCAAACAAAAUUUGUGUCUGAAAUCAGAAUGACCCAAACCAUGGAGGCGCUACGAUUAUCACAGCCACAACCUCACCUCCUCCUCCGUAACCACCGCCACAGAAUGCAGUACACUACUCUUCACCCUAACCCUCGUUUCAAACCAUUCGUAACAACUACCGCCGCCGCUGUCUCCAAACCUGUUGAAAUGGUUUCUGUUCCUUUUGUUGAGUCUCCGGCGGCGGCUGUGGCUUCUCCGAGGUUGAAGGUUUCGCCGGAUUCACUUCAGUAUCCACCUGGUUACGUCGGAGCGGUUCCUGACAGGUCACGUGGUAGUGAUGAAGAUGAUUGUGGAGUAAGUGCUAUGGGUUAUUUGACUAGUAUACUUACUUCUAAGGUUUAUGAUGUUGCUGUUGAAUCACCUCUUGAAUUGGCGCCAAAGCUUUCUGAAAGACUUGGUGUUAAUGUUUGGCUUAAACGUGAAGAUCUUCAACCUGUAUUUUCAUUCAAGAUCCGUGGAGCUUAUAAUAUGAUGGCUAAACUUCCAAAGGAUGUUUUGGAGAAAGGGGUUAUAUGCUCUUCAGCUGGAAAUCAUGCUCAAGGAGUUGCCAUGUCUGCCAAGAGAUUGAAUUGCAGCGCCGUUAUUGCAAUGCCAGUUACCACUCCUGAUAUCAAGUGGAAAUCUGUGGAGAGAUGGGGUGCUACUGUGGUCCUUAUUGGAGAUUCCUACGAUGAAGCACAAGCAUAUGCUAAGAAGCGUGCUAUAGAGGAUGGUCGUACAUUCAUACCUCCUUUUGAUCAUCCCGAUGUCAUUAUGGGUCAGGGAACUGUCGGGAUGGAAAUUGUGCGCCAGAUGAAGCGUCCAGUUCAUGCAAUCUUUGUGCCUGUGGGAGGUGGUGGUCUCAUUGCUGGUAUUGCCGCUUACGUGAAGAGGAUAAAUCCAGAGGUGAAGAUAAUUGGGGUGGAACCCACUGAUGCAAAUGCAUUGGCUUUGUCACUUCAUCAUGGCCAAAGAGUGGUUUUGGACCAGGUUGGAGGAUUUGCAGAUGGUGUGGCUGUAAAAGAGGUUGGUGAAGAAACUUUCCGCUUGUGCAAGGAGUUGGUAGAUGGCGUUGUUCUUGUAAGCCGUGAUGCAAUUUGUGCAUCGAUAAAGGACAUGUUUGAGGAAAAAAGGAGCAUUUUAGAACCAGCAGGCGCUCUUGCUCUUGCUGGAGCUGAGGCAUACUGCAAGUAUUAUGGACUCAAAGGGGAAAAUGUUAUAGCAAUAACCUCCGGAGCAAACAUGAAUUUUGAUAAACUCAGGAUAGUAACUGAACUUGCUAACGUCGGUCGUAAACAAGAAGCUCUGCUGUUAACUGUCAUGCCGGAGGAGCCUGGCAGCUUCAAACAGUUUUGUGAAUUGGUGGGGCAGAUGAAUAUCACAGAAUUCAAAUACAGAUAUAGUUCCAAGGAGAAAGCUGUUGUCCUUUACAGUGUUGGUGUUCACACGCCCUUAGAACUAAAAGAAAUGCAGGAGAGAAUGGAAACUUCUAAGCUUGUAACUCACAACCUCUCAGACGUUGACUUGGUGAAAGAUCAUUUGCGUCACAUGAUGGGAGCCCGACCGGAUAUUCAGAACGAGGUUCUUUGUCGUUUUACCUUUCCAGAAAGACCUGGUGCUUUGACGAAAUUUUUAGACUCCUUUAGUCCACGAUGGAAUAUCUCUUUAUUCCAUUACCGUGCGCAGGGUGAAACUGGAGCAAAUGUAUUAGUUGGAAUUCAGGUUCCAAGCAGCGAGAUGGAGGAAUUCAACGAUCGUGCCACCGGACUUGGGUUCUCUCAAUUGGAGGUACUCUUGUAUGAGACAUUGUUGGACAAUAAAUACGGACAACUCUUUCAAUCAGUAUUUACAUCUUAACUCAUUAGACAAGUUCCUUCUACUAGACCAAAUUUCUGUUGGUCGUAAUAGAACCCGAGUAUUUUAUUCUUCAAGUAAUCAUUGUACAUUAAAAUAGUUAUAAUAGCAAACCAAAACUUAUGUUAAAGUUAUUUUAAACUAGUAUAUAUAUUUUGGCUUGUUAA